AGGCCGACCACAGUCCACCAGGGGGCGACACCGGUUCGAUGUGUUUGCUUUAGGGAGCAGAAGGAGAAGCGGGAGGCGUAUGAACAUUCGCUGGGGUCGGUCAGAGUUUGCUCAGGUGAGUUCUGUCCGCGGCAGGAGGAUUCAUGUCUGCGCAGGUGACCGUGCUGUACUUCGCCAGGAGCGCCGAGCUGACCGGACUAAGGGAGGAGCAGCUCGUUGCCGUGCCAACACCAAUCAGCAGCGGGGACCUGUGGGCUCUGUUGCUACGGAAACAGCCCAGGCUGGUGGCGCUGCAGGGCCGCGUGGUGCUGGCCGUGCGCCGGCAGUACGUCGCCAUCGGCAACCAGCAGCUGCACCUGCAGGACGGCGACGAGGUGGCCGUGGUGCCGCCGCUGAGCGGAGGGUAG